UUCUAAAAGAGCGGAUUGGCUCUCUAGCGAGGGGCGGGGCUCGGAAAGCGUGGCGCGAAGGUUGAAUGUAGCGGACGGGAACAAGAAAGGGGCUCGUUCGGGGACCCGCUGCCGCUGCCGCUGCCCUUCCCCACUCCCGCCCCCGCCCCAGGUGAGAAUUUCCGAGCAUUGUGAUGUCACCGCCAGGAAUCCGUGCCAUUGUGACGUCACGAGAGGCACGGGAUUGCUCCCAUCGGUGGUGACGUCACAGUUAAAAACCCCCAAGUUUCUGAAGUAUUUGCGGGAAUGGUAGCGGAUCCCUGGCCGAAAUCUAUUUAGCAUCCUUGGCUAGCUGAGGUCUGAAUUAGGAUCGCUCCCGUAGAAACAAAAAUCCACUUUGGGGCUCAGGCAGCGGUUUGGCUGUGUCGGCAUUUGCUACCCGGCUUUUAGAUGCUAAUGUUGGAAUCUACCCGUCCAAAUGAUUAGGGAUGCACCGCCGCCGAUCGCCACGCCGAGGGCAACCCUCUCCCUCUCGUCCUGGACCGAGGCAACCCCCACCGCAAGGAGAAGCAGCUCCACGGAGAAGGCGGAGAUACAGGCCUGGCCAGCGAGCCAUGCUGGAGAUCAGAAAGUAUCAAAAAAGUACUAAUCUACUUAUUGCCAAGGCGCCCUUUUCUCGUUUGGUACGAGAGAUCUGCCUGGAAUAUACCCGAGGGCUUGACAUGUUGUGGCAGUCUAUGGCACUGCUUGCCUUGCAGGAGGCAGCUGAAGCCUUUUUGGUGCAUCUCAUGGAAGACGCCUACCUGUGCACCCUCCAUGCUAAACGGGUCACCCUCCAUCCAAGAGACAUCCAGUUGGCUCGCCGGAUCCGUGGCAUCGAUCAGGGUUUGGGUUAGUUCCCUUCCCCGAGCUGUCCUGGAUGAAGAGGCGCCUUUUGGGGGCCCCAGAGCUGCAGGGGAGCGACCCCACAACUGCUUUGGAGGAGGGGGACAACCAAAUUUACACACACCAGUCCUCAACAUUCCAUGGAUUGCGAGUCGCAGCCUGGCCUCUUCCUGGGAUUUCCAAAGAGCUUCAUUGGUUGACCUCUUCUUCCCUCUCCCCACCGCCCUGCUCGGAAGGUGAGCAGAGAUGGAUCUAAAAGACGAGAGGAGAAAUGAACAGCCUAAUUGCCAGGAAGAAGGAGAAGAACCACCCAACCGCCCGUGUUUAAAGUACUUCUGCGGUCUGUGCUUUGAAUGGAGCCUCGGGACUGAAAAGUCGCUUUCCGUUUUAAAGUUUGCCCUGUAUUUUUGCACU